GGCACGGGCCCAACCGGAAGUGCGUCGCGGGAGCGGAAGCGUCGGCGGAGCGAAUGGCGGAGGAGGUGGCGGCGCAGGGCUGCCCCGCGGCUCCCGAUGGGGGUUCCUCGGGCUCGGAGGACGAGGCAUGGCCCAGCCCGGCGGUGGAAGCGGCGGCGGCGCAGAAGCGGGAGGGGUGGCUGCGCAAGUUCCGCGAGCUCCACAUGAAGCGGAAUGAGGCUCGCAAGCUGAACCACCAAGAAGUGGUGGAAGAAGAUAAAAGGCUUAAAUUACCACCGAACUGGGAAGCCAAAAAAGCGCGUCUGGAAUGGGAGCUGAAGGUGGAGGAAAAGAAGAAGGAGUGUGCAGCAAGAGGAGAAGACUAUGAACGAGUUAAACUUUUAGAGAUCAGCGCUGAGGAUGCCGAGAGAUGGGAAAGGAAAAAGAAGAGGAAAAAUCCAGAUCAAGGAUUUUCAGAUUACGCAGCUGCUCAGUUGCGCCAAUACCAGAGACUAACCAGGCAGAUCAAACCUGAUCUGGAGCAGUAUGAGAAGCUUAAGGAACAGUAUGGUGAAGCACUCUAUCCAACAUCUGACAGUCUUCUCCAUGGAACUCACGUGCCAACUAAGGAGGGGAUUGAUAGAAUGGUUGCAGAUCUUGAAAAACAAAUUGAAAAACGUGAAAAAUACAGUAGAAGACGUCCUUACAACGAUGAUGCAGAUAUUGACUAUAUUAAUGAGAGAAAUGCCAAGUUCAAUAAGAAGGCAGAGAGAUUCUAUGGGAAGUACACAGCUGAAAUUAAACAGAACUUGGAGAGAGGAACAGCUGUCUGAACUGACAUCCAAAGUAUAUACAUACUACUGCCUUUCUAUGCUUAUUCAAGUUUGAUGUGGAUAUUUCGCAUGCACAUUUAAAUUGUAUCAGAAAUAUACUUGGUAGACCUCAAAGUAACUUGUAAAAUCAAUAGUGUAUUUAAUGCAAUAGACGUAAUGUGCGCAGUAAAUAGCAUCAGCUGUAUACAGCUUUUACUUACAGAAGUAGCCAGCUCCUCCUUUUUCACAUUCUAAAUAAAUAGAAAAAGCCUCUUGCCACAUGAUUGAAAAUAAAGCAUGUCAGUAUGUAAAGAAUGGCAAAGUCCCUGAAAAUACUUAUUUAGCAAGAAGAUAAACACACUUCAAGAAUGUGCGUUAUUGUUCUGUGAGUGGGAAACUACUCUGUGUUUGUGAUGUGCCAAAGGUUGGAGUUCUUCCAGGGGCAGUACCUGUACAGUAAUCACAAUA